CAUGCGCCCAAUUUGUAACAUUCAACAUGGCGACGUCCAUUGGUAAACUUUUGCAAUAAUUUGAUCAAUUAAAAAGUCCUACUUUAACCGUCCCUGAAGGUAUUAUGGUCAUAAAAUGGUUAUAAAUCUAGUAGUGCAUAUGCGUUUUACCCCAAGGACUAUCGCAUUUAAGAAUAUACGUUCCAUUGAUACCCUUUUUAACGCUGGAAAUUGGAAGCAAGUUUUGAAUCCAAUCUGUACCAGACCGAGUGCCGGUGUUUAUGAAAGAGAUCCGAAAAUGGCAGAAGCCAAGUCUGGUACUGUGGAAUCAAAUCCGAUGAUGUCGAGGUUGGAAUCCGUAUCGGAAACAGCUCACCAGGCUCACACUGAUUGCGAGGCCAAAACGGACAGAAUGCAGUUGAACUUGAAGAGAAAAGAAUUUUCGGGUAAAACCAAAAAGGGGAAAAAGCUCGACAAGCACCCAAAGAAAGUUCAGAAGUUUUCAAAUGAUCAGAAGUUCGAAGAAACCACAUACUACUUUGAUAAUGGCUUGAGGAAGGUGACACCAUAUGUGUACGUCUUCGAGACACACAUCAAAGGACGAUGGAUGGGACGCUCGGUGCUUGACGUCUUCAAAGGAGAGUUCAGGAUGGAGACGCCAGAAUACUACAAAAAGGCGAUAAGUUAUGGCCUGAUCACCAUCAACGGACAGAGAGUCUCAGCCGACAAGAUACUACGCAACAACGAGUACCUGCGCUCCAUGGUGCACCGCCACGAGCCACCGGUUACCGGUGAACCUCUAGACAUCCUCACCAUCAACGAGGAGUUUGUCGUCAUCAACAAACCGGCUUCUGUCCCAGUUCAUCCUUGUGGUAAAUACCGUCACAACACCAUCAUCUUCAUGUUGGGCAAGGAACAUGGCCUUACUGGACUACACACAAUACACCGCCUGGAUCGCUUGACAUCAGGACUACUCAUGUUUGCAAGAACUCGUGAAGUUUCCCAGAGGGUGGAUGCCUAUGUACGGGACAGAAGGCUCACCAAAGUGUAUGUCUGUAAAGUCACUGGAGAAUUUCCCAGCGAGCCCGUAGAAUGUUUGGAGCCGAUCUGUACUGUAUCGCAUAAGAUUGGCGUCUGCAAAGUUGGUCCAGACGGCAAACAGUGCAAGACAUCCUUCAAGCGUCUGAGCUACGACGGCCACACGAGCAUCGUGCAGUGUACUCCACACACAGGACGUAUGCACCAGAUCCGUGUCCAUCUACAGUACCUAGGAUACCCCAUUGUGAACGACCCACUGUACAACAACCCCGUUUGGGGGACGCAGCUUGGCAAAGGAGGGGACAUUCCGCACACAGACGAAGAUCUACUGACUGAGUUAAUCAAGCAACACACGGCAGAGCUGAAAUCACAGGUUAUCGAGGACCCAGACAUGUUCAUCAAGACCACAAGACAUCAGCUCGUCCCAGGCCACGACGCAGAAAAUGAAGACAGAAGCUCAAGCGAGGGCGCUACUUCGAGUGCGAUUUCUGCUGUGCGUAGUAACGGGGUUGGUACGACCGAUUUGGACAAGUCGACGAGCGAUGCCAUCGUGGACUUGGGUCAGAGGCAAGGCGAAACUGAUGCAGCAAUGGAAUUAACAAGUGAUUCCUCCGACAAGCGGAGCACGGCUUGUUUGGUGUCUGAUGAGCAUUCUGCGAGGAACGAAAACACGAACAAUCCAACAAGUGAGCGUGGGACCACCAACACAGUUGAUUUAACAGUGGUUGAAACUAGCAAAACCGGAUCCCAUGACCAAACAGAAUCGUCACUUGAGACUUCUGAAGCGUCGUCCGAGCCGCCCUCGUUGGGGAGUGGACAGGGAUUAGAGAGCCCUCUUGAGUCAGAGCGUGAGCUAACGGAGGCAGAGUUGCACAGACUUGUGCAGAGGCUGUGCCGGGAGUGUAAGCUGAAGCUGCGAGACCCUACCCCAGAUGAGAUGAUCAUGUAUCUGCAUGCACUCAGUUACAAGGGACCAGACUUCGAGUUCAGCACUCCGUUACCAAAGUGGGCAGAGGAACACAUACAGAGAUCAUCAGCAAGAGACUGAUGACCAAGGACUGAUCGCCAGAAAUUAAUGAUGGAGAUUUAUCUUCAAUGUUAUCAAUGACAACUUUCAUCGAUUACUUGGAAUAGAACCAAUGUGUCGCAAGAAGCAAUGCUUCCCAAACAAUACAAUCUCAAGCUUCUGAGCAUUGUGUUUGUGCUCUUUUGAGGAUUCCUUUGUUUCGUAACACAAAUUUUGAUAAAAAAGAUAAAUAAAGUAGCACAAGAUCUGCAUAAAUUGUUGCAAUAUUUUGUUCCAGUCUUUACGACCUGAUAAAUACAGAGCAAGAUUCAAACCCAGGACCUGGAAAUAUCACAUGAAGCUACUCAAGGGCAAGUUUUUCUGCGUAAUAAAAUACACGACUUCAGUUGA